UGUCUUCAGCGUGAAGCAGCAGAACUUUUAGAUCGUCCCUGGUGCCGCACACUGCUGACUUCGCUCCUGCUUUCCCUGCUCUGCAAAGCUGAAGACUUUGAAGAUGAGGGUUUGGAUCGUGUUCCUCCUGUGCCUGGCUGGCCACGCCAUGGCUGCUCCGACCGAGGAGGAGGUCGUCGUGGAAGAGCCAGUUGCUGAGGAGCUUGUUGUUGAGGAGGCCGAGGGGGCAAACCCUGUGCAGAUCGACGUCGGAGAGUUUGAUGAGGCCAUCGAGGUGGAGGAAGAGGAGGAGGAAGUCCCUGCUGAGAACCCCUGCCUGAACCACCACUGCAAGAAGGGCAAAGUGUGCGAGGUGGAUGAGAGCAACACCCCCAUGUGUGUGUGCCAGGACCCCACCACCUGCCCCGCCGCCGAGGGAGAGUUCGAACACGUGUGCGGCACCGACAACAAGACCUACGACACCUCCUGCCACUUCCUGGCCACCAAGUGCGCCCUGGAGGGAACCAAGAAGGGACACAAGCUGCACCUCGACUACAUCGGCCCCUGCAAAUACAUCGAGCCCUGCAUGGACACCGAGCUGAACGAGUUCCCUCUGCGCAUGAGAGACUGGCUGAAGAACGUUCUGGUGACUCUGUACGAGCGCGACGAGCAAAACAACCUGCUGAACGAGAAGCAGAAGCUCAGAGUCCAGAAGAUCUACGAGAACGAGAAGCGUCUGCAGGCCGGCGACCACUCUCUGGACCUGCUGGCUCACGACUUCCAGAAGAACUACAACAUGUACAUCUUCCCCGUCCACUGGCAGUUCGGCCAGCUGGACCAGCACCCUGUCGACGGCUACCUGACCCACUCUGAGCUGGCCCCCCUGCGUGCCCCCCUCAUCCCCAUGGAGCACUGCACCACCCGCUUCUUCGAGGAGUGUGACGCCGACAGCGACAAGUACAUCGCCCUGGAGGAGUGGGCCAACUGCUUCGGCAUCAAAGAGCAGGACGUGGACAAAGACCUCAUCGUCUGAGCUCCUGUGACGUCAGCCGACAGGAAGAAGGUGCUGAUGCUUUAAUAAAAGAAGAACACAAGAAGAGUAACGGUGCUAAUGGCAAUGUUGUUUUUAAAUUUAUUUUAUAUACCACUAAAUUCAAAAGAGAGCUCCUUACUAACCCACGUCUGUCCAGCAAACCAAACCUCUGAUGUAAAUGUAGUUGGGGACGAAACGAUAUCUUUGUUCCGGGCUUUCAAAUUCGAGACUGUAAAGUGGAAAAUAAAGUUUCUAAAUAAACUCCCUCUGCUUGCUUCCUCCGAGAAGAGCACUGCUGUGUGGGUGGUGGAUUCACUUCUGUCUGUUUCUGUUUGCUGUGACGAGGACGCCUGUUCUGAUGUUUCUGUGUGGACGCGGAGAGAAAUCUCGCCGGUUGAGAUUCACAUGUUUCUACUGACAAUAAAGGCGCGGGAAAAUGCUUUCCAUGAAUAAAAGGCUGAUUCAAA